AAGUCAUUGUCACUCCCAGACCUUACUGUUCACCUGAUCCAUCUGGCCCCAACUAUGAGCAGUAUUGUCGUCAGUCUCUAAUGAAGUGCAAGCCAUUCAGAGAUAUCAAUGAACUCAAGUCUGGCUAUGAUACCUUCACUGAAGCAUAUGUUGGAUUUUUACAGUCUGGAAAUGUUCGAAGAUCACUGGAGCAAGAUAUAUUCAGACUGCAACAACACCAGUCAUCAUCAGAUGCUGUUGAAGAUGAAGAGGAAACAUCUCAAGAGGAACAGCAGCAGAAUCAACAACAAAGACCUCAAGAGGAAUGGAUGUUGAUCUGCCAAAGAACCAGUCAACUUGAGCCAAGCAACACUACUGAGGAGGAGCAUGAUUGGGCAGAAGCAGCAAGAUCAUACCCUGAUAUUGAUAAUGCUCCCCAUUUCAUUGCUCAAGGAAGACAGAAUACCAGAUACACUCCAUUUACUACCUCUGCUACUCCUAACAACCUUCAGGGAAGAUAGUUGGAAGUGUACACCACUGUCAGGCAGCACUUUGAGAGUAC